AUGUCCCUCUUACGACGGGGAGAUGAUGGUCACUCACUCAACAAUCCAUAUGGCAAUCUCGAGGUCCAAGCCCAAAGAUCCAACCAGGGGUUGGAUGCGAAAACGGCGGUCCUAGAAGUGGUGUUCGCAAGUGGGCAAGAUAUAUUUGACCCAUCGGAGACAGCUCAGGUUGCCCAGGAUCUAAAUCCAGGAAAGCAACUCCAUGUUGGUUGUGUUGCAAGGUAUCUUCCGACGGAGGAGGGCUCAGGAGGUGGUUUAGAAGCAGGCUUACGAUUGAGAACGAUAAACAUCGGCCGGGCUGUAAAAUGGAACCCGGAGCUGGCUCCUUGGUAUUCCAUAUCCGAUGAUAUAGGUCAUAUUGACCGAUGA